UUUGACAAUUUCCAGAUCCUCAGAGCAAUAGGAAAAGGAAGCUUUGGAAAGGUUUGCAUCGUCCAGAAGAAAGACACGAAGAAAAUGUACGCCAUGAAGUACAUGAAUAAACUGAAAUGUGUGGAGCGUAACGAAGUGAGGAAUGUCUUGAAAGAGCUGCAGAUCAUGCAGAACCUGGAGCAUCCCUUCCUGGUGAACAUCUGGUAUUCCUUCCAGGAUGAGGAGGACAUGUUUAUGGUGGUAGAUUUGCUCCUCGGAGGAGACCUGCGUUAUCACCUGCAGCAGAAUGUCCAUUUCUCAGAGAACACAGUCAAACUGUACAUCUGCGAACUGGCCUUGGCCCUGGGUUACCUGCGCUCCAAACAUAUAAUACACAGAGACAUCAAGCCUGACAACAUACUACUGGAUGAACAUGGUCACGUCCAUCUAACAGACUUCAACAUUGCAGCCAUUGUGAAAGAUGACCUUAAGGCCACAUCCAUUGCAGGGACCAAGCCAUACAUGGCUCCUGAGCUGUUCCAGAUCUUUGAAGGCUCCCAUCCUGGUUACUCCUUCUCGGUGGAUUGGUGGUCAUUGGGCAUCACAGCUUACGAACUGCUUAGAGGGCAGAGACCCUAUGUGAUGAGGUCCAGCACUCCAGCCAAUGAAAUCCUUCACACGUUCCACAAGGUGCACCUCAGCUUCCCAGCGGCAUGGUCCUCAGAGAUGAAGUCACUUCUCAGAAAGUUGCUGUGCAUAGACGUCCAAAAGCGCAUUUCCUGUCUAGCAGAGCUGCAGGAUCUUGACUACAUGUCGGACGUCAGCUGGGACACUGUGCUUGGCAAACAGAUUCCUCCGGGCUUUAUUCCCAAUAAGCGUCGACUAAACUGUGAUCCUACAUUUGAGUUGGAGGAGAUGAUCCUGGAGUCCAAACCUCUGCACAAAAAAAAGAAAAGGCUCGCUAGAAAGACCAGGGAUCAGGGUUCUGACGGAUCACCACAGAAUGGUCAGUUGCAGCAACGUUUGGAUAAUGUGCAGAGAGACUUUAUUAUCUUCAACAGAGAAAAGUCAACGAAAGCGGUUCUGGAUUCGGACUCGACUGAACUAUCCACAAGUAACAAAAACAAAGCAAUAGAGGACGGUCAGAACAAUAAUGUGGAACCUGUCGACUUUUUAUCAGGAUAA